AUGGAAGGACUGGCAGAAAUUUCAAGAGAAUACACCCCAAAAUUGCCCAUUCAAUCACAUUUAGGUCAAGAAUCUACAUCUAGAAGCAAGGGUGAGCGUGAGCUUUUGCGCGAGAAGCAGACGGCUGUAAUUCACUGCCCCAAUUCGAAUUUCUCACUCUCUAGUGGUGUGCUUAAUGUUCGACGAUUGUUACGAGAAAGAGUCAAAGUUGGACUGGGAACUCAUGUAUCAGGUGGUUAUUCUCCGCCCAUGUUGGAUGCCAUACGUCAAGCUGUUAUUGCAUCCAAGCUCGUCGCUGCUGGUAAUGGAAGCGCUAGUGAUCAGCUUGAUGAUGAGCCACCGGAACAACCGCUCUCGUAUGCCAAAGCCUUCUAUUUUGCAACCGUUGGUAGUGCCGAAGCACUUGGGCUUAGCGACAAGAUUGGUAAUUUCAUGAUUGGUAAGGAUUUUGAUGCGCAAGUGGUAGAUCCUUACACCAAGAACAGUCCUAUCGAUGAUCGAUCUUUUGAUCCCGUCGAAGUUGCAGACGUUUUGCACACGUUUCAAAAGUUUCUGUUUCUCGGUGAUGACCGUAACAUUGUCUCUAUAUGUGUGGGUGAGCAGCAGGUCAAGGGUGCCUCUAGCGAAUGGUAA